AUGACUCGAAAUAUUGCUAAGCUAUGCGACCUCGGCGUUUACAUUACGGCGCUGGGGAUGUACAAUCACUCGACCGACGAAUCUGUUCCUCCUCCAGUAAUCGGCGGCCACUUCGAGAUACCGGAAACGGACCGAGUAUCAAAUCUGACGAACCAGCAACCAUGUAUCAACAAGGAUGAACAUCCAGAUGAGCAUGAAGCUACUAUCUGCGAUGAGGCCGAACAACAUGAAUCUGUGCAAGAAGCUAAUCACCAUCUGCAGCCUACAUAUGAGAUACUUGCAGAUAUCUCGGAUGCAUCUUCGUGUAACUCUCUAACUGACUGCCGAAGUCGGCGGAUUACUUCAAGCCGUCGCCUACAUUCAGGGAGGCCCACGGGGAGCAAUAGCGAUAGUGACGAUGACGAGGACGGUAACGACAAUAGGGAGCAAAGUCAUGUCUACGACAGCGAUUUGGAUUCGACUGUGCGUAGUACAGGCCAAAACAGUCACGCUCGGAAGAUGCGAAAGUGGAAGAGCCUAGCCAAAGGAAGGUUCCAGAGGAUGCUUCUCGAAUGCAUUGUCAAUACAGGUCUGAACCUAAAUAUCCUGCAAUGCUUCCUAUAUUACUCACACUAUGCCCCAGACAAUAUUCCACCAAACUACCGAGACAUCUUUAUUGACCCCUCGAUCAUCAAUAAGCUUGAGCAAGUGACUUCAUUAUCGCUCUCACGGCCACAGGCGUUCUCUUGCGGUGUGCUGAAAGGCAAUAAAGUCACGGGCUCUAUUCUCUAUGGGCCCCCGGGCACGGGUAAAAGUAUGUUGGCUAGAGGUAUAGCCAAACAGUCAGACUUCAACAUGCUCUCUAUAUCAACCUCGGAAGUCUGGCAAAAGUGUCACGGAGAGGACGAGAAGAUGAUAAAGGCAAUCUUUUCUCUGGCCCGAAAACUAUACCCCUGCAUAGUUUUUAUUGACGAGGCGGAUGCAAUGCUUGGUACGCGCAAAGCUGGCGAGAAGAGACACAUCAGGUCGAUGCUGAACCAGUUUCUCAUGGAAUGGGACGGCCUUACUACGGACACGAAGGCUCCCUUUGUCUUGCUUGCUACUAAUAGGCCGUUUGACUUGGACCCGGCCGUUCUUCGACGUGCACCCGUGCAGAUACACCUCAAAGUUCCGACGCAGAACGAGAGAGCCGGGAUCCUGGGCUUGCUACUGGAGGGCGAGACGUUGCAGCAAAUCAACCCAAAUUUAAUUGCAAGACUGACUCCGAAUUACACUGGAUCGGAUCUCAAGAAUCUUUGCGUCAUGGCUGCUACCAACUGUGUAAAUUCGCAGCCGAGGGACACGACCGAGCGUGUCUUGACGAGGGCACACUUCUCCUCAGCCCUUCAAACGAUCUCUGCAACCAACAUAGGAAGAUUAAGUGCGAACGAAUUCAAAAAGUUUGAGGGGCGAUUGGAAGAAAACGUUGAGGGUUCGCCAAGAGAAGAAGACGAAGAUUAG